UAUAGGAACUGAUAGCAUUGUGAAAAAUUAUAAAUAUAAUACAACCAAUCACACUGAAAGAAUAGGAGUGACCAAGAGAGUGAAUGAUGAUGGAGUAAAUCAAAAACAAUAUGAAAUAGUAAACAUGAUCUGGAGGAAAACUAAGAUAUUUAUUUACGAUGAAUUGACUCCAUCAUCAAUAAAAUUCACUGACACGUUCAGAAAGCGGAAAAAGGGAUCCAAUCUGCUGGUACAAAAUAAUAAUAAACUGCUCUCAAUAAAGCCCACUAAUAAAGAAUUUUCCACGCCAAGAUAUAUUGAUUUUUAUUAUUCUGAUUUAAAUGAUCAUAGAAAUAAACGAAAACAUUUUAAUUUUCUACAAAACCAUACACAACCAAAUCAAAGCAGCAUCGCUUAUUAUUAUAAUAAAGAAAGAAAUCGACCAUUAUUUGAUGCUUUAAAAACACCCUUGGAAGUUGUUAAUGUUAAAUAUGCAACACGCGACACGAUACCAUCACCUAGUCCAUCAACUGCUGGAAUGUGUCAAGCACUUUUGAGCAAUAUAUCAAAUGCUAAUGUGACGACUACAUUGGCUACAAUUCCUAAUUAUAUACAAGUGGAACAGACUACUCCAAAUCCAACAAAUUAUACCAUCGACUAUAGAGCCAAUUUUCUAAAUUUUAGUAUGGCUGAAGACAUAAGCUUAGAAACAAGAAAUGCACAAAAAUUAACGAUGAUCCGAGAGGGGAUGACAUCAGAAGAAAUGAUGACAAUAGGGGAAGCUACGCCGAAAGUGGAUAUAUCAAAAGUGUCUAACGAUAAAAUAUAUUUUUUUGAAUUAUACGACAGAGAUACUCCUGAAUCAUAUGGAUUCACUAAACAGAUCGAUAGCGGGAAAAAAAUUCAUCUAGAAGAUGUAGAUAAUGAUUUGAUCAAUCAGAACUACAGUAAUAAAACAAAAUACGUUAAGAAACAUGCAUUUACAAGUACAUUUCCAGCCGAAAACUUUAUCAGAUUAGAGGAAACGACACAUAAAGAAAACGGGAAGCUGUAUGCUAAAACAACAACUGCACCAAAAACUGCUUCAACAGCGGUAUAUAGUAGCGGUAGUGCGACUUGGUCUGAUUUUCCUUUCGUAGCAGUUUAUGUGUAUGACCCUUUGCAGUUACGUUGUGAUGCGGCCGCUAUAAGUGCACACUGGCUAUUGGCAUCCGCCUCUUGUUUAUGUAGACAUCGCGAGAAUCAAUACGAAGCACAACAAUCUGCAUACGUGGCUUACUGUUCUGCUAACUGGAGAAUGCCGGAAUGUAUAUCGUACGUGAAGCAAAAGCUGAUUCAUCCAAAAUUUAAUAGAAAAGAUCCUUCGAAGCAACGACUUUAUAAUGUUGGCGUUGUACAAAUUGUGAAUUCGAUGCCCGAGACGUGCAGAGGUUGGGCGCCUGUCACCCUGAUGUCUCAUCAAUAUUCUACAGAAAACGAAGGCUCAUUAGGAAACGCUGUUGGCUGGGGAUUAGAUAAAUAUCGUGGCACUGAUUUUGAUGUUGCUAAUUAUCAGCUGAUGUGGUAUCAGAGUUUGGUAUUCAAGGAAUCUGUUUCGUGUCCUGGCGAUGCAAACUACAGUACUUAAUCAAAAGAACAAAGUUAGAAACAUUUAUUGCCUAUCUUUGCCACAAUAUAACGGAGAGACGCAAGAUCCG